GCCCCGCUUCAUUCCUGCGUUGUUUGGGGACAGUAGGAAGAUGGCGGCGGCCCCGCUGUACUGUGUCUGCCGGCAGCCCUACGAUGUGAGCCGGUUUAUGAUCGAGUGCGACAUCUGUAAAGACUGGUUCCACGGCAGCUGUGUUCAGGUAGAAGAGCAUCAUGCUGUGGAUAUCGAUGUCUACCACUGUCCCAACUGUGAUGUUGUACAUGGACCCUCCUUGAUGAAAAAGCGCAACAACUGGCACAGGCAUGACUACACAGAGCCAGAUGAUGGAUCAAAGCCAGUUCAGGCUGGCACCCCAGUGUUUAUCAAGGAGCUGCAGACCAGGACCUUUGCCAGUGGCGAGGAGAUUAUGAUGCGAAUGAAGGGUGAGCAGGUGACACCCAGGUACCUGGAGAGACACGGCUUCAACUACCCCAUAGUGGUCACCGAGAUGGAGGAUCUGGGACUCAAACUACCAGUCCCUACGUUCUCUGUCAAAGAUGUGGAGCAGUAUGUGGGUGGUGACAAAGUCAUUGAUGUGAUAGAUGUGGCACGGCAGGCGGACAGCAAGAUGAAGCUCAGCGAGUUUAUCAAGUAUUUCACCAAGCCCCAUCGACCCAAGGUCCUCAACCUCAUCAGCCUGGAGUUCUCUGACACGAAGAUGUCGGAGUUGGUGGAGGUUCCUGACGUGGCUCAGAAGAUGUCCUGGGUAGAAAACUACUGGCCAGACGACUCCUUUUUCCCCAAGCCCUUUGUCCAGAAGUACUGCCUUAUGGGAGUCAAGGACAGCUAUACAGAUUUCCACAUAGACUUCGGAGGCACCUCCGUCUGGUACCAUGUUCUGUGGGGUGAGAAAGUCUUCUACUUGAUCAAGCCCACUCCUGCCAACCUUGCACUAUAUGAGGCAUGGAGCUCCUCGCCCAAUCAGAGUGAAGUGUUUUUUGGGGACAAAGUGGAUAAGUGCUACAAGUGUGUUGUACCCCAGGGAACCACCCUGCUCAUCCCUACAGGCUGGAUCCAUGCUGUUCUCACCUCUCAGGAUUGCAUGGCUUUUGGAGGGAACUUCCUUCACAACCUCAAUAUUGGCAUGCAGCUCAGGUGUUAUGAAAUGGAGCGUCGCCUGAAGACCCCAGACCUUUUUAAGUUUCCGUACUUCGAGGCCAUCUGUUGGUAUGUGGCCAAGAACCUCCUGGAAAUGCUAAAGGAGCUACGUGAGGACAAUUGUCCCCCACCAACCUACCUAGUGGAGGGAGUCAAGGCUUUAAUCAGUGCACUGAGGACCUGGUUGAAAAGAGAGGUGACUGAGCCCACCAGUGAGGUACCAGACAAUAUCAGGCCUAACCAUCUCAUUAAAGAGCUGACCAAGGAAAUCCGCCACGUGGAGGAGGAGCCAGUCAAUGGCAGCAAGCCAGUGAAAUCUCAGGGAAGUGGGUGCGGAGCAGCAUCUGGAUCAAAUGGCUGCCCGGCCACUCGCUCCACACUAGAGAGACUGUGCCAGGCCCGGCGGGCACGGAGAGCUGCCAGGCGGCUGAGGGAGCAGCAGCGGCAGGCCCCCAAAGUGCCCUCCAACCUGGACAUCUUAGAGCAGCACACCAGGGAGGUGCUGAGGAGGCUAGAGGUGGGGCCGCUCGAGGAGGAUCCGGCGUUCUGUGCCAAGGUUCAUGGGAAGCUUAACAAAGUGUCAACCGCAUCAGCAGCUGCAGCUGCAGAGUCUUUGGAGGACAACCACCUACGGCUAAUGCUGGUCAACGGCAGAAUCAUCAGAGAUAUGAGGCGGCCAGGCAGCAGCCCGGUAAAGACGGAGGGUGAACGGUUGUCCGUUGGCCAAGGUCCGCCAAAGAUUUGCGUGGACGUGAAGUCGGAGAGGACGCAGGACAGUCAAGAGCAGCACAGCACGGUUGAGAAACCCAUACGCCUCAGGGGUCUGGAGAGGGUCAAGACUGAACUCAGGGAAGAAGUCUCAGGACACUCCAGUGUGUCAGAUGUGGAGUCAGACAGUGACUCUCCCACAGAGCGCAAAGCGUCGUCGUCGUCGUCAUCGUCGUCGUCCUCCUCGUCCUCUUCUGACGAGGAUUCAGAGAGUUCCCAGGAUGAGGAGGAGGGGGAGGGGGAGGAGGAGGAAGAAGAGGAGAGGGGCUCAUCUCAGCAGAAAGGCUCAGGGCACACCAUAGAGCUGGACCAGUCUGGCCAGAAUCUCAGGCACAAACACAAGCCACUCAAACGAGACCGUCCUACCUCACCCAGCACAGAAGAGGCCAUUCAGGGGAUGCUGUCUAUGGCUGGUCUGCUGUGCUCCUCCAAGCCGGAGAAGGUAGCCUCCUCCCAGGAGCCCUGGUGGUCCAGCCCGAGCCAGUGCUCGCGGCUGGAGCAGAGGGAAGUGGCACAGCACCAGCGGCGGCUGCAGGGGGACAAGAGCCCGAUUGACAGCCAGGGCAAUAGCAGCAGUGAGGCCUGGGACAAUCAGGGGCUCCCCAGCCCUCUCAGUCGAAGCCACACCACCAGCCCGGAGACGGACUACCAGUACUGUGACCCCUCGAUGUCUCCUCCGCUGCACCCAUCCAAGAGGCACGCCCCCAACCCCCCACCUAUCAGCAAUCAGGCCACAAAAGGCAAGCGGCCCAAAAAAGGAAUGGCUACAGCCAAGCAGAGACUGGGGAAGAUCCUGAAACUCAAUAGACACAGUCGCGUCUUCGUCUAACACUCCAAAAACAUCAGAGGCAACGGAGAAGUUGGGGAUGUAAUCUUGUCAAAAAAAAAAACCCAACAAUUUGUGUUUUUGUUACCAGACACUUUUGUGCUGUAUA